AUGGCGACGAAAGUGCAGAGAAUCAUGACCCAGCCGAUCAAUCUGAUCUUUCGGUUCUUACAGACGAAAGCUCGGAUACAGAUCUGGAUGUACGAGAACGCGGAGACGUGCCUGGAGGGACGGAUCGUGGGGUUCGAUGAGUACAUGAACCUGGUGUUGGACGACGCGGAGGAGGUGACGGAGAAAAAGUCGAGACGCGUCGCGGUGGGGAGGAUUUUGUUAAAGGGGGAUAACAUCACGCUCAUGCGCGCGUUGAGCGAGAAGAAAUAG